AUGGAGUUGUUGAAUUCUGGGAAAAUCAGAUGGGUGAAAGCGAUCUUAGCCCAUCUCGUAAAAUGUAUAGGAGGAAACCAGGAACCACCCGAAGAAGUACAAGGCUGGGCGAGAAGUAGAACCCUGUCUAUGAGUUACACUGCUGGUAGCCCAGAACACAGAGCAAGUAUUGGGGAGAUAGCUCUAGAUUAUGAUGAAAUCAACAAUAUCCCACCGUUGCCUUUGUGGACAUUACUCGCAGCUGAUAAAGAGUCUUCUGGAGCACAGGAAGAAAAGAAGGAUUACAAUGAGCUCUUCGAUAAUAACGUUAUAAUGGAAGAGUCAUUGGAUAACCUUCUGGACGAUUGUGAAGUUACCUGUAGGAGUGAACGUAGAUCUUCAGAAAGAAAUGUCAGCAUAACACACUUUACUCCCAAGCAAGGUCGGGUGUUGUCUAGACUUUUGACACACAUGCAUCUACCUGGACUGUCAAGUUUGGAUCAGAUGCACCUUCUUGCUUUGGCUGACACCGUAUCAACUUGCAACACGGAUUUAGCUGAGCGGUUUGCUAUAGACGCUGCAAAAUCUGCAAUGGUUAAAGAAAAUUUGAUGGGACAGACAGAAGAAAUGAUGACGGAGAAUUUAGAUGAUUGUGGAUUGAGAUUUUUGCUGGCUAUGAAGCACUAUGGAUACUUAUUGAGAUGCCUUCCACUGGCACAGAGGACGCAAUUCCAGAAAAAGGGUGUUGGUAGCAACAACCUCGCUUGGGCUUUCCAUUCUGAGAGUCAGGAAGAGCUGCUGAAUCUUAUUCCAAGUUACGCAAAAGGAAAACCGACUUGGCCUGGAUUGCGAGAACUCGGUGUAGGUUGGUGGAUUAGGAAUCUGACACUUUUGAGACAAUGUGUGCAAAUACUGGCUAAAGCAGCUUAUCAAGCUAACGAAGACCCGAUGGACGCUGCUUUGUAUUAUCUAGCAUUAAAUAAAAAGAGCUUACUAUGGGGAUUAUACAGAUCUAAACGGGACGACAGAAUGACAUCGUUCUUUUCCAAUAAUUUUUCUGAAGAUAGAUGGCGUAAAGCAGCACUGAAGAAUGCUUAUGCUCUACUUGGAAAGCAGAGGUUCGAACAUGCUGCAGCUUUCUUUUUACUCGCAGGAAACUUGAAAGAUGCAGUGGAAAUAUGCUUGAACCGUUUGCAAGACAUACAGUUGGCAAUUAUCAUAGUUAGAUUGUACAAAGGUGACAGCGAAGAACUGAUGCAACUAUUGUAUAGAGAGAUUCUUGGAAGGGAUGAAAACGGAGAAAAUCAAGACAUAACUAAAGCACAUCCGGAUCCUUUCCUUAGAUCGAUGGCUCUGUGGAACUUGAAAGAAUAUCAGGCCUCGUUAGAUACUCUUCUGAUGGGAAAUGUUGGUUCUCAACAUCCAGCGCAUGAUGAUGAGGCUAGAGAAACAAAGGAAACAGAUCCAAAUGUCUUCAACUUUUACGUAUAUCUCAGAACUCACCCGUUGUUAGUACGUCAGCAUUUGGCAAGCUUUGGAAAGAAAAAAGUGUGGCUACCUAGUGGCAGGCAGAUAGUCAUUGAAGAAUGGAUCACUCCUUUGGAGAGACAGCUGUAUUUCGCAACAGCUCAUGGACAUUUCAGAGCUGGGUGUCCAGCGUUAGCUUUGGAAGUGCUUUCGAAAUUACCUUAUGUCGUCGCGGAUAAACUAAAACAAACAUCAGGUAAGUGUUCCAGCUAUUCUUGUUGA